AUGCACGUGGCUCGGGGCGGGGGCCCUCUCCCGUGCUCCAGCUCUGGCCGCACCCAGUCUAGGUGGCCCCUCCCGCCCCUGCACGGUGGCCACCUCUCUUCUGUUGACAGCCCUCGGGCCUUCUCCUUGGAGGAGAUGCUGCUGGUCUGCGGCCCGGGCGUGCUGGCUGAGCCCCCGCUCCGUGCCUUCCCUCACGUGUGCACCACUGGCAUCUUCUCUAGCUUCUCGUCCCUCCUGGAGCGGAUCCCCUGCGUGAACGGACACUCCAGCGUGGGUGCCGGGCCUGCCCUGGGGGCCCCGCGAGGGCAGGACGGAGCUUUGGGGGCCUAUCACCCCACAGGCUCUCUUCCGCCGCUGCUCUCCCGCUGGUGGCUGUGGAAUGGCCCACGACCGCCCCAGGCGCUGGGUUUCCACAACUGGACCGGCUGGGCAUCUACAUCAUCCCUGCUGGCCCCUGCUUGCGUCUGGGAGAGUAUGCCCCCAGCCUCGCCCUCCGCGGGGGCUGCCCACUUCACUGCACAGAAGCUCCUAGCCGGGCUGGAGCUGGGAGCAAGGCCUCCAUCAUCCUGGCCCCUGGCCGCGUGUUUUGGGGGCAGCACUGGCAUCUUCUCUAGCUUCUCGUCCCUCCUGGAGCGGAUCCCCUGCGUGAACGGACACUCCAGCGAAUUUGCAGGCCUCUGUGGGGCUCUUUUCAUUGCGCUGGGGCUCUUGGGGGCGCUGCCUCUUGGCCUGUAUGUGGACCGGACCAAGCAUUUCACUGGAGCUGUCAGGAUCGGCCUCUGCCUGACAUCUCUGGUCUGCAUGGCCUUUGCCCUGGUGUCCCAGCUGGCCGCCACCUGCUCGCUGCUUGGGCUCUGCUUCUCAGCGGCGCCUGUCGCUGUGCAGCUGGCUGCUGAGUGCUUCUUUCCUGUGGGUGAGGGUGGGCCGCGGGCCUGGUCCUUGUGCUGGGGGCCCAUGGUGACCAGAGCAGCGCCCUGCCCUCGGGAUGACUACGGGCAGCCCGGGGGCGUGCUCAGCACGGCGCUGCUGGCCUCCCUGACCUGCGCCGCAUGGAGCUAUCCUUCCCCACCUGCCGGGACGGCCAGGACCCGCCGGCCUGAAGGAGCCUCGGCAGAGCUGGGCCACGGCCCCCCGGAGUCCACGUUGCUGGUGGCCGGCCUGUGCGUCUUUUUCAGCUGCCUUGGGGUGCUCUUCCUGCACACCCCAUACCGGCGCCUGCAGGCCGAGGCCGAUGCAGCCCCUCCGUCCAGGAAGACGUGCGCCCAGCAAGCUCGGCAGCCACCCCCGAGGCCCUGCCGCGGCCCCCCCACCCCCACCGGCCCCAGCAGCCCCUUCUGGAGCCGGUGA